UCACGUCACUGUUCUGCUUCAUCUGUUGAAGAGAGACUCAGUGAUUUUGCUCUGCAGUAGCUUUUCAUCACAGGUGCAGGUUUUUCACAAUGAGGUUUUUAAUCUCAUUGUCUGUGUGUCUACUGGUGCUGUUUAAUGGUGAAAUAAUCAAUGGACAAACAACAGUUGAAGUAACCACUGAAGAAACAACAACAACAACAAUUGUACCAACAACAGUAUCUUCAACAGUCAGCUCUGACCCAUGCAAUAAUUACAACGUUAUUGAUGACUAUUGGAGAGACAUACACCAAUGCUCAUACCAGUACUAUGGAUAUGAUGACACUACUGUUGAGUGGAACGGCUGGUAUCGACUGUAUUUGAAUGGAACAAAUGCUCAGAUGUCUGAAUGGUGUGUGACUUAUGUGGGAUGUGGUGGUUAUACUGGACUUUAUCUCAAUGGUUCUCAUCCAAGACUUGAAGAUGGAGUGGUGACCCGUGAGGUUGUGGGAAAUUAUAUGUGGUACUACAACCAGUGUGGUCAGUACAGCUCCAACCCCAUCCAAGUCAAAGCCUGUCCAGGAGAUUAUUAUGUCUAUGAACUCGUCACACCAAAUGUGUCACUGUCAAUGCCUUCAUACUGUGCAGUUGCUUUCAGCAGCAUCAACAAUGAUCCCUGUUACAACUAUGAGUCUCUGGAUCGUCCCUGGAGAGCAACAACUGAAAGUGGAUUGGGGAUUUGUGAUAAUUAUUUCUCCUGGAAUGGCUGGUACAGACUUUAUCAUUAUGGGAUGAACAUCCAAAUGGCAGAGAGCUGUGUUAAUUACACCAGCUGUAAUGCAGACCUGAGUCUGUCUCUCAAUGGUCCUCAUCCUCAGAUAGAAGAUGGGGUGGUGAUCCGUGAGGUCUGUGCCUCAUAUUAUUGGAGUGGUAGCUGCUGUGAUUACAAAUCAAAACCCAUCAGAGUUAAAGCCUGUCCAGGAGAUUACUAUGUCUAUGAACUUGUGAAACCAUUAAACUGGUGUACGGGAUACUGCACAGAUGUUAGCACUACUUCAGAGGUGAUUUCCACAACUCCAGCUAUAUUAACUGGAUCCACCAUCACUCCAGGUGAUCCAUGCUUAAGCUAUGAGAUACUGAAUGACUACUGGAGAAACACACAAAAUUACUGGUAUUGGUAUGGAUAUGUAAAUGAACAUGAUGACAGUCGUGUAAAAUGGGAUGGCUGGUAUCGACUCUUUCUCAAUGGAUCGAGUGCUCAGAUACCUGACUGGUGUGUUCCUUAUAUGACAUGUGGAGGUUAUAGCUCUCUGUGGCUUACUGGUUCUCAUCCUGAAGUAGAAGAUGGAGUUGUAACACGUGAAGUUCACGGCUCUCAUUAUUAUGAGUGCAGUCAUUACACAUCAAACCCAAUCCAAGUCAAAGCUUGUCCUGGAGAUUAUUAUGUCUACAAAUUCACCAGACCAAAUGUAGCGAUCCCAGUCCCUACAUAUUGUGCAGUUGUUUAUAGCACUCCAAGUGUUGACCCCUGUUACAGCUACACCAGUCUGGAUGAACCCUGGAGAUCCACUGAUAAUUCUGUAUAUAACUACUACAAUUCUUAUGAGCCCUACAACUACUACUAUAGCCCUUGUGAUUAUAAUGUCAACUGGAACGGCUGGUACAGACUUUUCAUCGAUGGUCAGAGUGCUCAGAUGUCAGAAUCAUGUGCCGGUUGGGGGAUGUGUGGCACUUAUUACCCACUGUUCCUCAAAGAUCCUCAUCCACAGCUUGAAGAUGGAAUCGUCAGACGACAUGUCUGUUUGUCUGGAUGGAACGGCUGCUGUGGUUUUGAAUCUCAUCCCAUACAAGUCAAAGCCUGUCCAGGAAAUUACUACGUUUAUGAGUUUGUCAAACCAAUGCAAUGUGCUUCUUACUGUGCAGCUCCGACUGAUCCGUGUGCUUCACUCAACUGUACUGAAGAUGAAUAUUGUGGAGAGUUGAGCGGUGUUUACGGCUGUUUCUGCAAAAACAACCAAGCCAGAUCUGAUCCUGACUCUUUUGAUAUCAUUGAAACCUGUGAGAGCAGUACAGGAAAUAUCUCUAUAUCUCGCUGUCAGCUCUUUGAAGCUGGUUUUUCAGCAAGCAACCUGCAUCUCAAUGAUCCCAGAUGCAGAGGAACCAUCCAGAAUGGCCGAGUGGAGUUUAGUUUUGAUAACAAUGGACACAACUGUGGUACAAAUCUUAUGGCCAAUGGCACUGAUAUCAUUUAUGAGAACUUUAUUAUGAGUGGACGUCAGUCAUCUGGAGACGUCAUCAGCAGAGAGAGAAAUCUUCAGAUAUCUUUCAGCUGUGCUUACCCACAAUUCCAAACACUUUCUAUGAUAGAAAUCAACCCAGUGGAGACCGUUAUGCACCAGACCCUUCCUGCUGGUCAUGGGAUGUAUCAGGUCCGAAUGAUCCCAUAUCAUGAUGUUGGGUUCUCUCAGCCCUUCAAUGGUAGUGUGAAUGCAGACCUCAACCAGGAGAUUUUUGUUGAGGUUCGUGUUGAUGGGGUUGACAGUCGACAGUUGGUGACAGUGAUUGACACAUGUUGGGCUACACCUGUGAAUGAUCCAGAUUACAGUCUGCGCUGGGAUCUCAUCACUGGAGAGUGUCCAAAUCCACAUGAUAACACCGUGAAGAUUCUUCAGAAUGGUGUCUCAACAUCCAGCCGUUUCUCCUUCAGGAUGUUUGUCUUCAGCGCAGACUCCACUAAAGUUUACCUGCACUGUGCUGUUCAUCUUUGUCUCCUGGCAAACAAUAACUGCACAACUUCCUGUGUCUCUGGAUAUCAGCGGAGGGCUCGCAGGUCUCUGGAUUUCCAUGACAGUUCCUCCAUCUCCAUGGGUCCUCUGAUCGGGGCUGGUGGAGAAACAGAUAUCUCAAAUCGAAUAAGGAUGCCUGGGGCUUAGUGUCUGUGUCGUUCUCUGAUGGUGUUGUUUGUUUCUCUCAUGAUUUUUUUCAACUUCCUUCAGUAGAUUUCUAGAAAAAAAUGAACAACAUUAACAUAUCAUUGAAUCUCAUUUUAAUUAAUGUGACUCUGAUAAUAACUUUCUAAAGGUUUCUUUAUUUUGUAACUGCUAUUAUAAUCAAUAGUAAUGACAUAUAUAUGAAAUAAGAUUUUAAUUAUUUUAUAAUGCAUUAACCUUCAGAUGAAGUACAGGAAUAAAGAGCAUCAGACUCGUGUUUGUUUAAAUCAUGCAGAAGAUCAUAAAAGAGUCUGUUUGAUCUCUUAUCAGUUUUUCUGCAUCAUAACUGCCUGUAGUUUCUAUAGUUUUGUCUUUUAAUCUUUUCUUUUGAGUAAAAAGAAGAACAUUAAUAAUA